GUGUCCAACACCAACACCACCAUAGUAUCCCCUCACCGCUUCAACAAUUUUGUUCAUUACUAAACCAACUUCAACAAAUUAGUGUGAUUAUACUCAAAAUCUUGCAAUGGUCCCUGCUUUGUGCCUAACUCCUCCAAGUUCCCUCAAAACCACACCAUCACCAGGUAUUGGUAUUGAAAGCCAUACCAAUUCAAAGCAUAUCAGAGUUAAUAACGUGUUUCAAGGCCCUCCCACUACUAAACAUUGCUUUAUCAUUGCAAAGGCUACAAAAGGAAACCAAAAAGGAAAUCAAAAUACAAAACCGAAUAGUGUGAUUUGUGCUGAUUGUGAUGGAAAUGGAGCUGUUCUCUGCUCUCAAUGCAAGGGUAGUGGGGUGAACUCUGCUGAUAUUUUCGAUGGACAGUUUAAAGCUGGUGACUCGUGUUGGCUUUGCGGAGGCAGGAAGGAUAUGUUAUGUGGGAAUUGCAAUGGAGCAGGUUUCGUUGGUGGCUUCUUGAGCACUUAUGAUCAAUAAGGAUCAAAUGAUUAGUUGAGUGAAUGUAGUGAUUGUAGCAAUAAACAUAUGCA